GGCGUGUUUAGUUUAGCAGUAGCAGUAGACGAGUAGAGUUGUAAGAAGGACCAGGAGGCAACAGGGAAUCAAAGAUGUGGCGAGCAGUGCGUGUUGCUCGCACCUACAGUCAUCGCCUGUUGCAGUCCUCUGAAGACCUAGGUCCACGAUCAUUGUGCAUCUCACAAGUAGAAGGCCAUGAAAAACAAAAGAGAGGUUACAAAGAUUUUGGACACCGCCCAACUCCAGAACCCCUGGCCACAAAGAUAUUUGCUACAUUCAUUGGAGUCAGUUUCUUUUUGACACUGGUUGACUACAAAAAACUAAAAAAAAUGGUAUUUCCUGAAGUUAAAGCAGAAUCCAUUCUUAGUGAAGACAAAAAGUCCAACAAUGCCCUUUCGGAGAAGCAGGAUAGUGAAACUGAAGAAAGUGAAGAGGAGGAUGAUGAUGAGGCUAAAAAGAAAAAGAAGAAGGCCAAAGUUGGAUUUAGAGAUCGCAAGAUUAUGGAAUAUGAGAAUCGCAUACGGCAGUACUCCACUCCGGACAAGGUGUUUCGUUAUUUUGCUACCCUCCAGGUGGUUCAUCCCAGUGGAGAACAUCAUGAAAUCUACAUGACACCAGAUGAUUUCUUGAGAUCGAUGACUCCUGGCCUCAAACAGCCCGAUGGAUUGGGCCUUGACCAAUACAAGAGGUAUGACCCCAAGGUUAAACAUGACUACAAAGCAGCCAGAAACCUCAGCAGACUACAUGGAAAUGACACAAAUGUCCAUAUGAAACUGGAACUUGCCUUAGAUGAGGACAGCAUUUUUUACAAGCUUGGAAGUGCUGGUCUGAUCACAUUCUCUGACUACAUAUUUCUGCUUACUGUCCUAUCAACGUCACGGCGACAUUUUGAGAUUGCCUUCCGUAUGUUCGAUCUGAAUGGUGAUGGGGAUGUUGAUUCAGAAGAAUUUGAAAAGGUGGCUACACUCAUUCGACAGCAGACGAGCAUUGGCAGCCGACAUAGGGAUCAUGCCAACACUGGAAACACUUUCAAGGGUGUGAAUUCUGCACUGACAACAUAUUUCUUCGGCCCAAACCAUGACCAGAAAUUGACUAUUGAGAAAUUUCUCGAGUUCCAACAACAAUUACAGAGAGAGAUACUGAGUCUUGAGUUUCUAAGGAAAGGUCCUGAUGAAAACGGCAACAUAUCUGAGGCUGAUUUCACUGAAUUACUUUUGGCGUAUGCUGGUUAUCCACAAAAAAAGAAAACGAGAAUGCUGAAAAGGGUUAAAAAAGCGUUCAAAGAAAAUGCAAAAGGCAUAAGCAAAGAUGAUUAUCUCAAGUUUUUCCAUUUCUUGAAUAAUAUAAAUGAUGUGGACACUGCACUAACUUUCUAUCACAUUGCUGGUGCCUCAAUUGACCAAGCAACUCUAAAACAUGUGGCCAAAACUGUUGCACAUGUUGACCUGUCUGACCAUGUUAUAGAUGUGGUAUUUACUAUUUUUGAUGAAAACUUGGAUGGUCAACUGAGUAACCGUGAGUUUGUCUCUGUGAUGAAGAACAGGCUUCUCAGAGGUCUUGAAAAACCAAAGGACACUGGAUUUGUAAAACUCAUACAGUCCGUGACAAAAUGUGCUCGUGAAACAAAACCAACACUGCUCGACAUCUAAGAAAAUUCGCUUGGAAUCUCUCCUGCUACCAUCUGCAGAAAAAUGAUUGUUGUGUUUCUUGUACUUAAUGUCUUCCUUCACUUAAAAUAUAUUGCACAUAUGAGAUGUGUGAGAGUGAUGAAUACAAAUGAUAGCUGGUGGGGAAAGUAGACCCCAUAAAGACAACAAUUGCAUUAAAUAUUGCUACGUAGCAGUCAUGGAAGGUACAGCAUAUGUGUAGGAUUUUUCUUCGUACCGUGCAGACUGUACCACCAGCAUUCAUUGUGAUCUGCACUCCAUGACUGGAGUUGCUUCUGGUAUCAGAUGUGUACUUACUCUCACAUUAGCAAGAGCAGCAUGUAUUUCAUAGAAGUGGGAGAUAAAUUAAAGCUUAAUUCAAGGAACUAAAUUAACAAAGUUAAUUAAGUUAACUUACGCAUAACUGAUGAUAAUUCAUCUACUUCCUUUUGACAUCUUCCUGUUUUGCUACCAAGAGCACAGUGUUGUGGUUCAGAAUAGUUCACACCGAACAGCUUUGCAACAGUGUUUGCUGUUAGAAUAUACCAUAUUGGUAACUGCACAAAACUCUAGAAAAUAACAACUGAGUGUAAAUAAAAUCUUAUGAAUUUAAUACAUUUAUAAAUUAUUUUCUUUUUCUGUAUUUUUCCUUGUUUUUAAGUAAACAGGUUGUUGCUGUAUACUGCUUAAAGUUGUGUUUCAUUAAACUUUAACAUUGUUAAUGUACUUAAAAUUUUAUUUGAAAGUGUACAGUGCAGUUGAUUUGUCGUCUUUGUCUCACUCUGUUAUUUACUGGAAAGUUCACUGUUAGCUACUAACAAUGUGAAUAAAUUUGUUAUACUAAA